AUGGUUCCUGGUCUCUAUUAGAAGUUCCCCAUUGUGAGAAUGCCAAGCAACUUAUUAAAGUUGAGCUCCUCAAGUAUAGAAUCGGACUCCUAUAAUCGCGGUGACUUUGAAAGAAGUGGAAGUUUUGAUAGUCAAGGCAGUCACCAUUCCAGAUCCAGGAGCUCCAAUAUGGACGAUGAGAACAUGAAAUAUCUAACAAAUGAGGAGAAGAAUGCCCUCCUGUUUUUCGAAGAAACUUUGGAUGCAUUUGAAGAUGACAUUGAGGAGCCACCAGUCUCUGUCAAUUCAAGUUUUAAUUGUUACUCACCCAGAUCGACAGAUAGUCACUCUGACGGCGAAGACAUAAUUGACCUAGUGCGGAUGGGACACAAUCAUGAAGGAAUCUCAUUAGAUACUGGUUCUGGACCAACUACCGGUGCUCAGAGAAACACACAGCAUGACUCCAGACUAUUGGAUGCCACCGGCUCUGCAAGUGUGCCUGUGACUGUCCCAGCAAGGAAGGAAGACCAUUUUCCUUCUGAACCGCCAAUAGACUAUCCUAGAUUUCUUGGAGCUGUUCCCACCCCUGUGAUUAUAGCACAAAAGAUUUCAGAGAAGAAAGCAGAGAAUGUACACUUGUUCUCAAUGUCACCUAAAGAGGAGAAAUCACCAGAGGUGAAAAAGAGUGUAGCUACCUCACCGAUUGUAUAA